GAGAUGCAGCUGGAGGGGGAGGUGCUGGGUGGUGGAGCCCUGUGUCAGCUGCACCAGGCUGAGCCGCCUCUCGGAAUCCCGCUUCCUGCGUGGCUCCGAGACUCGUGGUCGAGAAGCGGGUGUGGAGGGAGCAAGCAGUCGCGCUGUGGCCCGUGCCCGCCGCAUCUGAGACGCUCGCCCCCACGGGUGGAGGUGCACUCAGGCCUGCGGCUGCUCGACCGUCCCGCGGUCCUCCUGCAGCUCCUGCAGCUCCGAGGCCAGGCGUUCAGCAGCGUCACCAAGGCUCUGACCUCUGCGGGGCGUCGGACUUCCCAGCGAAGAGGCAGCCAGCUUUCCAUCCCCCUCGCGGCCUGCAGCUCACACCUGCGGCCUCCAUCCGGUGCUUGCUCGCAGCCACCUUCCCUGCCCAGUGCCUGGUGUCCUGUGGAGUCCAGCCUCCAGUUGCCUGCUUGUAAGAUGCUUACUGCUAGGUUUACCAGGCAGAACUCUGGGGACGAGAGCCAUGACCUGGGAGCCAUGUGCUGCGGAGUAUGUGCUGCUGUGGUUGCUUGGAGUUUGGCAGCGCCAUCAUCCCGACUUAAGGCUUUGAGUAGGUAA